AAAAGCGUUGCUACCACGAGGGCAUGAAAAUGCUUUGUUAAUUUCAGGUUGAACUUGAACAUAUUUCUAUGGACAUGGACGUAUCUUUCGCAAAUACGUAACUUUAGACAUGCGCAGUCUUCACUGCCACCAGCUUUGUUGGGCUGCUGGUUGCUAGCUACAUGCUACUGCUAAUUAGCAAGUAAGAUUUCCUGCGUGUGAAUGGACACAGCUAUGGACAUCGACGCGUUAUUGGAGGCGUUUCAAGAUUUUGAGAAGAAAGGCAUGAAAGAGACCUGUCCAGAACUAGAGCAAUUCCUGUGUCAUGUUGCCAAGACGGGACAGCCAAUGAUCUCUUGGUCACAGUUCAAAACAUACUUUGUGUUUAAGUUGGAAAAAGUAAUGGAUGAUUUCCACGCUUCAACACCAGAACAGAGAGCACCACAUAAUCCCAAUGUAGAUUAUAUUCCCUUUGAAGAAAUGAAGACAAGGAUCUUAAAAAUAGUGGAUGGUUACAAUGGAAUCCCAUUCACCAUCCAGCGUCUAUGUGAACUCCUUACAGAUCCCAAGCGCAACUACACAGGAACAGAGAAGUUUCUCAUGGGUUUAGAGAAGAAUGUAAUGGUGGUCAGCUGUGUGUACCCCACAUCAGAGAAAAAUGGGGCAUCCAGUGUAAACAGAAUGAAUGGAGUGAUGUUUCCUGGUAACUCUUCUCUAUAUUCAGACAGUCGAAAUGUAAAUGGACCAGACACACCAAAACCGCUCACCAGACCAAAAUUGUCAUUGUUGGCUUCGCUUUCCACCAACGGGCUGCCUGACUGUGCAGUCAGUAAACAGCCAGAGCCGACCACAGAGGAGGUAGAGGAGCACCAUAUCGGUGAUUCCUCACCACCAGAGGGUAAAAUUACACCUAAUAGUGGGAUAAAGAACAAGCACCUCGAGGAGGAAGAGGAGGAGGAUUCUGAUGCUGGUAAGCAUGAGGUCAAGAGACUCAAGUUUGAUGAAAAAGAAGAGGAUGAAAGAGAAAGUGAAGAAAACAAGUCGUCUUGUUGUAAAGAGUCAGAGAGCUCGUCGGAAGAACCAGAGUCUUCAGAAGAAUCCUGUGGUCAAGAGUACAAAAGUGGAACAUCUAGUGACACACCUACUAUUUCAGAGGAUCAUGAGCCCAGCAGCGCACAGCUAGAAUCUUCUGAAAGGGAAGAAGACUCACCUGAGAGGGGGGAUGCCCACAGUCUGGAGAAGGACAGCACUGUGGAUCACCCUGAGCAGCCUGCUCCAUCAGAGAAGGGUACAAGCUUUGAGCAGGAACAUGAGGAGAGAAGCAGCAGCAGCAGCAGCAGCAGCAGCAGUAAUAGUAGUAGUGAUGGAGAAGGCCUAGCCAGCGACAAGCAGGUGCCCUCUUCUAGUACCGGUAGUUCACCUGACUUGUCAACAGAGGGCAACGCUGACAGUUCAAACAACACAAAGACUGCAAUAGAGACUGGGGAACAUGACUAAAUUGAAACCCAGCCUGCCAACUGACUUAUUUUUACACUGUAUAGUACCACACUAAGGGGUAUAUCCGUAGCACUGUGGACCAGGAGCGAUGUGAACCUUGAGAUUCUACACAGAGGGAUCUUUUUGUCUUCAAUUUCAAAUACUCAAGUCCACACAUCACCUGGUCUUUAAACUGGAAGGAAAUGAUUCAAAUAUUAUGGAGACUCUUCUUUUUUUACUGUUGACUAAACAAUUUUCUAAUCUUCUUUUCCCUGAUUUUUAUAUGAGCGUUCUAAUUUAACCCUGAUAACUGAUGUAUAGUAAUUUCAUUAUUCUGAAGUCAUGUCAUGCAUUUCCAAAAUGUUACAUUUGACAGUUUGAGUUGUGUUUUGGCCUAAGCAUAGUUGUUUUGACUAUUUUUCUGAUGAAUAUGUGUCUCGCCUGUGUUGAAUCCAAACACAUGCCAUUAAGAAUGUGACGCAACACUUCACAAAUGUGUUUUUUCCAUAAUGCACAUAUCAUAGAAAUGUAUUUCUUAUUAACAUUGUAUUGCACUUGUUUGCUUGAAGAAUGUGAAACAUUUCAAAGUUUUACUUUGUCACUGUAUGAAGCCAAUACAAACACACAAUUUGCCAGUAGUGACUAGUUUGGUUUGAUAGAAUAUUGGUUUUUGGGAAGCCAUUUCUGCAUCAAAAUCUGUCAAAAGAACACAAUAUACUUUUACACUUAUUAUACAUUAGUUGUACAAACUUCCCUUUUGAUAGCUUGGAUUUUUGCAGUAUGCAGAUCUGUAAAUCUGUUUUUGUAGACUUGUAAUACAUGUCAACUGCCUUUGUAAAACUGAUAAUUGCUGGAAGUUGAAUGCCUGAGCUUGUAUCAUCAUAGUAUUCAUGGAAAGCAAUAAAUACUAAAAAUGUAAA